GGGGGGCCUCGUCGCACUCGCGUUUGUGCCGUCAUAGUGCUCGGACCGCUGACUAUUCGCUCGGCGGCACUGCAUUUUAGCAGCAGACGCUGCUGCAUUUUCAUCAAUUAAUCCCAUCCCUCAGGGCCAAACUAAAUGUUAUUUAUAUUAUUUUGGCUAAGGCACAACAAUUGGCAAACCAAAUAAAUACCAUCGUGUAAAGUGUUCAAUGUUUUUAAACACGAAAAUAAUGGUUGGUGGAAAACAGCCACGUUUUUUUGAACCGGAAAACCACGGUUGCGGAAUCAACGAUCUUGCUGGAAUAAACCCACGAAUACUUCAACAAGCAUUUUUAAAGCCGCGAGCUUAAAUGUUAUGGCAGAGAAACGCCUUCUGCUGGAGCGAUCGGAUUCCUCAGAGACGACGGAGAAACUGGAAGUACAAAUGACCCGACGAAAGGGCGUCGUCCUACAGGCGAUGCAGCACCAGUCGCUGCCCGGCGGCUGCCGGCUGCUCUUCCUUCGCCGGAAGUCGGUGCUCUGCCUGGUGGUGGCCUUUGUGUUCUGUUACUUUGUGAUCGGACGACCCGACUGGGCGAAUGUCCUUGACCUGGAUGUCCUGCACGGAGAUAAUAUCCUGACAGUCCAGCACCAGUCCACGGUCAUGGAUGAUGACACAAUUUUUGACAGUAGUAUUCCAUUUGUGCCGGAAGGCUACCUCGUGUACAGCAACUCGUGUCGGAUCAUGGAGUUGGAUCCGUACAAGAGCGAGGUGAUGCGUCACUUCAAGCGGGUCAAGUACAAGUCCUGCCAGAAGUUGCCGCCACUGACCCGGGUGCGAUUCCAGGAGCGCUCUCAGAAGUACCUCCUAACCAUCGACGGAGCCGCCUUCAACCAGUAUCCGGUGGCUAGCAAUCUCCACUGCUGCUAUAUGGCCGUGCAGCGGGUCAAUGAGAUGGAGGUCAACUACACCACGUGCCACAACUUCAAGGGGUCUACGGAGCUGCCCAAUUCCGUCGAAGACAUAAUCGUCAAGUGUAACACGGGUGGGAAGCAGAUCUACAUCAAUGGUCAUGCCACUAUUCCCGUCAAGGACGCGGUCCAACAGCGACUCCAGGAGGCCAAGACAGACAAACGCCAGGCUUCACGACGACCGCCCAGUGUCCUCAUGCUGGGAAUCGAUAGUAUUUCACGUGUGAAUCUCAUCCGGGCCAUGCCCAAGACGGCCCAGUAUCUGUACGACAACGAGUGGUUCGAGCUGGCAGGAUACAACAAGGUGGACGACAAUACAUUCCCUAACAUUAUGGCCUUGGCCACCGGCUAUAACCUGCACAAUGCCCAGCAUGAGUGCUCCCCGUAUGUGGUCGGUGGCCUGGACAAGUGCAACUUCAUUUGGAAGCAGUACAAGGAGCAUGGCUAUGUCACCGCCUACGCGGAGGAUGCGGUGAAAAUCAACACAUUCAACUACUUGAAGAAGGGGUUCGAGCAUCCGCCGGCGGACUAUUACCUACGUCCGUAUCUCUCCGCCGCCGAGAAGCUGCUGGAUCACACGGUGGUCAAUGGCCUGAUACACUGCCUCGGUUAUGAGACAGCCGCGGAGCAUGUUUAUGACUACGCGCUGGAGUUCACGCGUCGGUACCUGAACGAGACGUACUUCGGGUUCUUCUGGACGAACACCCACAGCCACAGCGACAUAUCGCAGACGAGCAGCAUGGACGAAUACAUGGCGGAGUAUCUGCGCAAGCUGGUGCGCCAGGGCACCAUGGACAACAGCGUGGUGGUGUUCUUCAGCGACCAUGGACUGAGGUUCGGACCCACGCGGGCCACCUGGUCGGGUCAUUUGGAGGAACGGCUGCCGGCGAUCUUCAUCUGGCUGCCGCAUCACCUGCGUCAGUCACAUCCGGAGUUUGUGCGCAGCCUGCACCUGAACAGAAAUCGGCUGACCACGCCCUACGACCUCCAUCUGACCAUGAAGCACAUACUUUCCCUGUCCGGGCGAACGGACAUGGCUUCCCUGGGACCGGCGCCCGACUGUCCGCAGUGUCAAAGCCUCCUGCGACCCGUCUCUCCGCUAAGGAGCUGCGCCGACGUGGGCAUUGAGGAUCAUUGGUGCACCUGUUGGGCCUACGACACUGUGUCGAGCACGUCGCGGGAAACGCGGAUGCUGGGCAAGCGAGUGGUGUCCUACCUGAACACAUAUGUGGCCGAAUUCCGGAACGGAACGUAUGCCAAACUCUGUGCUAAACUCACGCUACAGAGCAUCCGAUCGGCCUUCCGGGCGCAUCCCAAUGCCCUUGAUCCGGAAGGCUUCCACACCUAUCGGUUGAUCUUUGUGACGUCGCCGAACAAGGCCUGGUACGAGGCCACCGUGCGUCACAAUCAAACGGACGACUCGGUCACGGUUACGGGAUCCGUGAGUCGGCUGAAUGUGUACAGCGGCGAGUCGGAGUGCAUGAAGGACUUUGCAGCCAAGAAGUACUGCUAUUGCCGGCACUAGAAGGGAUAGAGGAUGGAGUAGGAUUAUAAAAAGGCUAGUGCCCAAGUGCCGUUAACCAGGUGCGAAUCUGGCAAAUAUAUGUAUAUAGCGAAUCUCUGCCUGUAACCCGGGGAGAUUUUAAAAACAAUACUUGCGGAAGCAAUGAAGGUGAUUAAUUAUAGUACAGUUUUCACAAAAAACAAGAAUAGUCUUAUGGAGGCAUACAAAAAACAUAAAUGUAAGCAAUGUAAUUGCUUAAUUUUGACAGCAGUAUUCGAAAUUACAAGGGAUUGCAAAUAGAGCUAUGAUUAAAGUAAAAAUUGACAAAAAUGAA